AUGUAUAGACAAAUACCUUUAUCUGUUGCGUUCAGUAGUGAAAACCCUGACGUCAAAAUAAAGGGGAACAGAGUAACGUUUAAGUUUCCAACAGACUGGAUUGUGAACAUAAAUGAAGAGAAGUACAUUGGCAUAACAUCUAUGUAUAUAACACGUGCUUUCAGAAAGGUUAGUAGUAGUAUAGGAUGGGUUUUGUGA